AGAACAAUAAAUGUUGCGUGUGGGGGGUGGUGUUCAAGUGCCUUUACUAAAUCAGAAACCUUUUAAGCAUUGGUAGAUGAAGGGUUUUUCUUUUCAAUGUGUACCACUAAAUACACAAUGAUGUGCAGUAUGGUUGGAUUAGCAUUACUAUGGGAACCAUAACUUUUUGUGUUUCCUGACCUUUAUCCAUGAGACGCUAAAGAUUCUUUAAUGUGGCUCCAAUGUGUAUAUUUAAUUUUUUGUGUCUUAUAAGCUUUUUUGUUCUAGUCAGUACUAAGAGAACCUUUAUAAAGAACCCCAAGAGGAGAUUAGAGACAGGACAGGCUGCAAGGUGCAGGAAAGCAGGUUGCUUGCUUUUUUGUACUGUUCUAGCAGAAUCCCAGCCAAGCCCAUGGGUCAGUGUUAAGCAUGACUUCUGCAGCCACUGGGAACAAAAUGCUCUUCUGUUUGCCCAUGCCCUGAGGGAAAAGACUUUGAGAAGAUGGAGAACCAGAGGGGAGUGCUCUUGGGAUAUGUCCGCUGGGAAGGAGAAGAGGAAGGGGAUGAGGAGGAUCAGGUGGCUUCUUGUGUUUCUCCUUCCAGCCAAACGAGUAGACUGCAAGAUGUGGAGGUGGAGAUGCUUGAGAAGGCAAGGGAGCUCUUCCAGCUGUGUGACAAGGAUGAGAAGGGUUUUAUCACUAAGGUGGACAUGCAGCGGCUCCAGAGUGAACUGCCCCUAACCCUUCAGCAGCUGGAGACUGUUUUUGACAGCUUGGAACAGAACAAUAAGGGAUACCUGACACCUGUGGAGUUCAGCAUGGGACUAGGGAAGUUAAUAGGGAUUGAAUUGUGUCAAGGGGCUGGGAGAAUGGAUCACUCCAGGCACGAGGAGACCUUUGAGUCAGGCUGGUCAGAUGACUUGGACCCAGCAGAUGACGAUGAAGAGAAACGAUUCUGUUCCAUGAUGGAGCAGCUUGGAGCAGCCCAGUUGUUUGAAGAUCCACAUGAGAUUCGGGAGCUCUGGGCUCGGCUACGAAAGGAGCGUCCGGAGCUCUUAUCCAAUUUUGAAGAAUUUCUGUUGCGAGUUUCAUCAUACAUAAAGGAGGUGAAUCAUGAGAAGGAGUCCAUGGAACAGGCACUGAAGCGGAAGGAGUCAGACCAUGACCGAGAAGUCAGGUGCCUUUAUGAAGAAAUGGAACAACAGAUCAAAGCAGAAAGGGAGAGGCUGGUCUGCCAGGAAGCACUGAGACAUGACAGGAGUAACCUGCUCCAAAAGGAACUGCACAACAAAGAACAGGAGCUGGAGAAAAUCCUCUACCGUCAGAAGAAGCUGGAACAUCAGCUGCAGUCACUGAACUCAGAGCAGCUGGAGACCCGGGUGCAGAAUGAAAGGCUCCGGCACCUGAAUGAAAACCUGCUGGAAGAGCUGGAGAAAAGCAAAUGGGAGCUGGAGGCGGUGAAGGGGCAAUUACAGAAGCUUCAGAAAGAGGCUCAGCUUGAGCAAGAGCAGAAGGACAGGGAUGUGUUUAGAGUCUCCAAGAACAUGCAGAAAGAGAAACAAAGCCUCCUUCGCCAGCUGGAGCUCCUCAGAGAGAUGAACAAGAAACUUCGAGAUGAGCGAGACGCUUUUGAAGCCAAGAAGCUGGUGCCUCAGAACAAAAAGCCCCUGUUGAAGAAAGGCUCAGUGCUAGGCAGUUACCUGCUGGACGACAAGCCAGUCAAACGACAACUGGCCUCUGCGGACCUUCCCUUCACCUUCCCAGCGGAUGUGGCAGUGGAAGAACCCAACAGAAAGAACUGUAAAUACUUCCCAGGCAACAGGACAUGGAUGAAGACAGGAGAAGGAGAAAGCACAAACUUUGGAGACAACCCUAGAGACAAGGAGAGAUGGCCCUUGGCAGCAGAUACUGAGUGGUUUAAGAUGACUUUGAAGGGUGACACUGACUGCAGAAAAAAAGCAGAUGGCUUAGAUGCUGCUCCGCUGCCUCCUAGAGCACAGCCUGUUGGCACUGAAACCAGGCUCCAGGCACUGGAACCAGCCAGCUGUUCCCCAGAUCGCAUCUUUAAAGUGGUGUUUGUAGGAAACUCUGGUGUUGGGAAGAGUUCCUUUAUCCACCGCUUCUGCUAUGACAGGUUCUUGGCUGAGCUCAAUGCAACCAUCGGUAUUGAUUACCAGGUGAAGAGUCUAAUGGUGGAUAACACCCAGGUUGCCUUGCAGCUGUGGGAUACAGCUGGACAAGAAAGGUUUCGGAGCAUUACCAAGCAGUAUUUCCGGAAGGCAGAUGGGAUUCUGGUGAUGUACGACAUGACAGCCGAGUGCUCCUUCAUGGCCGUGCGGAACUGGAUGAGCAGCAUCCAGGAAGGUAUCGAGGAUGGAGCUGUGGUCUUUCUGCUUGGAAAUAAAAUGGAUGCUGUGCAGAGAGAGACCCGGAAUGUGCCCAAGGUGGAGGGGGAAAGGCUGGCAAAGGAAUACAAGGCUGUCUUCUAUGAGUGCAGUGCGAUGACUGGCUAUAACAUCAUGGAGCCCAUGCUGCACAUGGCCAGGUUGCUGACAGCACAAGAAGACAGGCAGAGGGAGAAUGCCCUGCAGCUGGAAGAUAUCGGCAGGAGGAAAGGGUGCUGCACAUAAGGCACAUCAAUGUGUCAGCAAGAGGCAUGUGCCAGCACUGUAUCAUGAAGCUGGGGGUUCCUUUCAAGCAAGCUGAAUCUGAUGGUAUAAGCUCUCCAGAGAUUUGGGGAAGCUGAAGCUUUUCCCAGUCUAUGAAUUUUGAGGCACUAAAUCAGGCCAAAAUGUGCAUAUUAUCUGCACUGUUUCAUUUCCCAACUCUGCAUGCAGCCCUGGUCUCUGGAGGCCUCUGCUUCUUUGGGGGAAUUUGGCUUGUCUUUGCUAAUAGGAUAAAGUGGGCCUUCUGUCUGGAGAGUUUGCUUCCCUGUAAAGGGAUGAAGUCUUGUUCCUUUUCUCUCUGGUAAAGAACUGGCCUAGCAGCAGAGAGUGGAGGACACAAUGGUUGCUGUCUUAAGUAGAAUUUUAGUGUAAGAGAUAGAGCUAGCCCAAAUUUAAGUUUCUUUAAGUAGUGAUCCAUCCAUCUCAGAGAACAGCAUCUCCUCUUGGCUCUGUGACAGUAGCGCCCAGCUGAGAUCCUGCUGUGGUGAGAACGCUUCCACCACUUCCUGUAAGAUCUGGAUAAGGGCCUGUAUUUACUCCAAAAUUAAGUUGGACUUGUCAAUAUUGUAGUCAACUGAUUCCAUGUGUGAAUAUGGUAUGAACUGAUAGAAUGAGUCACCCCAGUGGCUUUCAUCUCAUUGUUACCCUAAUGGACCUUGUCACUGUCCCUCUCCUACUGUUUACUGAACACAGAGCAGUUGCCCUGGGACUCACAGGUGCUGACAUGUGUUGCUGAUUCAUAACCCAUUGCCAGAGCUGUGCUGUACAAAGUAGGGGAGCCAUAUAUAGCCUGUUUUAAGGUUGAACGCUGCCUGUUUCCUCCCAUUCUCCUAUUUUUUCCUGAAGAAUAUCCGGCAACUUGGAACUGCCUUUCCCGCAGUGCUUUCAAAUGUACCUGGGCUGGAAGCACAAGGCAGCUGCUUGUGUCAAAUGCAGCUUUUUCUCUCGCAGUGACCUUGUGCAACAACCUCACUUUCCUGGUGAAGGGCCUGAGAAAGAGCUGGACUGAACCUGUUUCCAUUGGGAAGGGGCCUUCUUGUUGCUCAGGAGUGGGGCAAAGUAGAGCGAGGGGAGGUGAGGGCUGAGGUAGAAACUGGCCCCAGCCAUGUGCCUGUUGGCAGAGCUGCAGCUGUGCCUGGGCAUGGAGCUCCUGGUGUGCUCUGGGGUGUGAUGCUUUCUGCUUUGUAGCUCGGUUGCUCUUAAAGCCUUGUAGGACUAAGUGACCUUUUUGGUAAUGCUCUGUUCCCUUUCACCUUUGAGCCUGUUUAUGCGACUGACAUUUUAGGCACAAGAUGUGUUCCUGCAGCCUUGAAGCAGUCCCUCCAACCUUGCAGCAUGGGAAGGCCUGUAUUUGUCCACUGUCUUUCCUCCCUUGGGAUAAGGUGGUUACUCUGAAUGUCUAUUUAUUGCACAAAUUUCUUUGGGAAUAUCCCAUGCAGGAAAAGUGCUCUGAGUCACUUACAGGCCUCCAGUGUUACAAAGAAUUUCCAUGGUUCCUCCUGGUGCCCUUUACUCCAGAUAGGAAAGGAAGUUUUUCUCUGCAAGAGCAGGAUUUCUGAGUAAAACGAAUACCCAAAAGUAAUAAGCUCCUGCUCAGUCCUUACUGUUGGCUGGCUGUGGCUCACAUUGUGUUUAACUGCAGUAAUGCCUUCCAGAAACUAGGAAGCAGAAAGCUAGAAAAGGUCCAAAACCAGGGUAGCUAGUGUGGAGCCUAGAGUAACACCAGCAGUGCUGCCAGUGGGACUCCUUGUGUUUGCAAGAAACAAUGUGUGGGAAGGGAAAUCAUCUGUUUUCAGAAAACACCUCUAAUCUGGACAUAGAUGUGUCUUUCUAACCAGUGUAGGCGUGAAGGAGCACAGGCAUUAUCUCCUGUUGAACAGGUCGAACCCACCACCUGUGUUAGGGGAGCUCCAGGUGCCGGUUAACGUGGAGUGGCUGGCCAGGAAUUGGUGUCUUUGGUCGUGGCACAUCCGUAAUGCUAAGUUACUUACCUGCAGCAGCAGGAUUUGGGAAGCUGCUGCAGAAGGAAGAGAGCAGUAGCUAAUGUUCUGAACCUGCGCCUCCUACACUCUGUACAGAGCCCAUCAAAGACAAAGGCAUGAAAUUACGGCUGACACACAAAUACAGGCAGUGUGUGUAGUACCUUGAUCAGUGCUGUCAUAUUGCAAUGGCAAGAACUACCAGGUUCUUUUAAUGUACAACCUUAUGCGUGUUUUCUUAGUGUGCAAACAGUACAGAUAAUAAAGAAAUGCUGUCUUACAAA